AACGUGCCUUCGAGGAGCACAUGGCCCCCCUCCCUAAUCUCUUCUUCUUGCUUGCAUACUUCAGUCUCGUUUCCUUCUGUUCACGCGUCCAUGGAGGAGAGACACAACCCAGCUUCCAUUCCAUCGACAUCAGAUCCAUAAUUCCAUCCACCAUCUGCUCCUCAUCCAAUGCAUCGUCUGGCAAUAGGCUGACCGUUGUUCAUCAGCACGGCCCCUGCUCCCCCCUCAUCAACCCCAGGCAAAGGCUGAGCCACAGAAAGAUCCUCCACCGUGACCAAGCCCGAGUCGUCUCCCUCCACAACCGAAUAUCCACUUCAAGGAAGGACAAAUCCGCCGGCUCGUUGGCCGGUGUCACCGUGCCCAACCGUGUCGGCAUCUCGUUCAGCACCUUAGACUACGUCGUGACGGUCGGCUUCGGAACUCCCAAAAAGCAUUUCACGGUGAUCUUCGACACCGGCAGCGAUAUCUCCUGGAUACAAUGCCAGCCCUGUGCAGGCGGUUGCUACGCCCAGAAAGAGACGCUCUUCGACCCAUCCCAAUCCUCUACCUACGCCAAUAUAUCAUGCACCUCAGCCGACUGCCUCUCAUUCGGAUCAUAUUGCGAUGCAUCAUCGACUUGCAUAUAUUCUGUCGAAUACGGUGACGGUUCCUACACUGUUGGCUUCCUUGCAAGGGAGACCCUCACCUUGACACCAUCUAACGUGCUGACAAAAUUCGAUUUCGGGUGCGGGGAGACUAACAAAGGUCUCUUCGGCAGCGUCGCCGGGCUGGUAGGUCUUGGCCGUGGCAAGGCGUCGUUGGCAUCGCAAGCAGCGCAGGUAUAUGGCGGAGUCUUCUCCUACUGCCUCCCGCCACGGGUGAGCUCCACAGGGUAUCUGACGCUGGGAGCCAGCGGGCCGUCGCCCAACGUCAAAUUUACGCCGAUGCUCACCGAGCCGGCGGCACCGUCCUUCUACUUUGUUGAACUGAUGGGACUACGUGUUGGAGAAAAGAAUUUAUCGAUACCAUCGAGCACCUUCACGGAUGUUGGGACUAUCAUCGACUCCGGCACGGUGAUCACCCGCCUUCCGUCGUCGGGUUACUCGGCACUUCGUGAUGAAUUCAGGCGGCAGAUGGCAAACUAUUCCAUGGCGCCUCCGCUGUCGAUUUUUGAUACUUGCUAUAAUUUUACUGGAGUUGUUUCGGUGUCAUUACCUCCGGUUGGUCUAUUAUUUAGCGGCGGAGUGACGCUCGAUGUCGAUCCCUCCGGUAUACUGUAUGUUGUGAGCAUGUCGCAAGCAUGUCUGGCGUUUGCUGCUAACGACGAUCCGGGCUCGAUCUCCAUCAUUGGCAACGUGCAGCAGCGGACGUACGACAUUGUUUAUGAUGUUGCCAGGGGAAUGAUUGGGUUUGGAGCGGGAGGCUGUAGCUGAUGGAAACCUGUAGCAGUUAUCACUAAGUCAAUCUAGCAAUCAAAGAGUGAGAUGGAAGGUAUAGAAUGAUGAAGCGCAGGAGUGAUGCGCAAAUGUCACAGAAUAACGUGGACAAACUUAUGACUGUGAUCUUUGUUGUUAUCGUCGUAAUCGCCGUCGCUGCUGCUGUUUUUUUCGAGAAAUGUAAUCUUUAUGUCAGUAAUAGACCUUUUAGCUACCGUGCAUAUGGUUGAUUCCCAGUGGCUCCAUAUUGUAGACUUCUGAGGGAAUUGUUCGGCAGGCGAUUGUUCUCCUCUCUCCCUUUAAAGUACCAAUACGUCUCUGUUGGGAGAAAUUAUUGGUUGGAUCUAGAUCAUAGCGGAUCAUGAAUAAUUUAUUAGUUAGAUGGAGGGAAA